AAUAAAUAAGCAGAGUUUUUGAGUGGUGGUGAUCAGUGACAGCCACAAUUCAGCCUAUAUAAGCAGCAAUCUCCUGAUGGAGGCUCCCCAAACCUCAACCCCUCACACCAUUCUCCAAACCCCUUUCAAAUUUUUCUCAUCACUUUCUUCUCUUCACCAUUCAAUUCAGGCAUGGCUGAAAUGAGAAGCAGCAGCAGCAACAGCAAGACCAAUUCCCUCAUCCACCAUCCCUCACACCACAAGGGUGGUUGGAAUGCUGCCAUCUUCAUCAUAUUUGUGGAGUUUGCUGAGAGAUUUGCGUACCAAGGAUUGGCGAGUAACCUUAUCCAGUACCUGACGAAUGUUCUGAACGAACCCAUCACGCAAGCAGCGAAAGAUGUGAACACAUGGGUGGGAGCUUCUUCCCUCUUCCCUUUGCUUGGAGGUUUCAUAGCUGAUUCCUAUCUGGGUCGCUUCAACACCAUUCUCUUGUCCUCGCUCAUCUAUCUUGUGGGCAUGAUUUUCUUGACCCUUUCAGUGACUGCUCUUAAGCACAAACUUCUAUUUUUCCUGGCGCUUUAUGUCCUUGCCAUCGGCGACGGAGGUCACAAACCUUGUGUUCAGACCUUCGCCGCCGAUCAAUUUGACGAGGACACGCCUGAAGAGAAAGACACCAAAAGUUCCUUCUUCAACUGGUGGUAUCUAGGAAUUGUUGCUGGCUCAACUGCUUCUGUUUUUGUUGUCAUAUAUCUUCAGGACAAUGUUGGGUGGGGAGUGGGGCUGGGAGUGCUGGCAGGGGUGUUGGGUUUGGCAUUGGCACUCUUCUUGUUGGGAAUCAAAAGGUACAGAAAGGAAGGCCCAACAGGGAGCCCAUUUACCAGGCUGGCCCAAGUCUUUGUCGCCGCCUCGCGUAAGUGGCGCGUGCACUCCACGCACGGUCACCACAAUUAUUGCUAUGAGGAGAAGGAGCAUGACGAGCCCCAUCAUCUCCAUGCUCAACCAAAAAUCCUCACUCUCCUCCAUACUCCUCAAUAUAGAUUUUUAGACAAGGCAGCGAUGAUUGAUGAAGUUGAUUCCAAAAGCAAGACAAGAGAUCCUUGGAGAUUGUGUUCAGUGACACAGGUUGAGGAAGUGAAGCUUGUUCUUCGUUUGAUUCCAAUAUGGAUAAGCUGUUUGAUGUUCACAGUUGUGCAAGCUCAAGUGCACACAUACUUCAUCAAGCAAGGUGCCACAAUGGUACGUUCCAUAGGACCACAUUUUCAGAUCCCUCCAGCAUCACUCCAAGGCCUUGUUGGAGUCACAAUCCUGUUUGCAGUGCCAUUCUACGACCGUGUCUUUGUGCCACUGGCAAGAAAGUUCACAGGGAAAGCCACUGGGAUAACAGUGCUGCAGAGAAUUGGGGUUGGACUUUUUCUGUCAAUUCUGAACAUGGUUGUGUCAGCACUUGUGGAGGCCAAAAGGGUUGGUGUAGCAAAGGAGCAUGGCCUAGUUGAUGACCCCAAAGCAGUUUUACCAAUCAGCAUAUGGUGGCUGCUUCCUCAGUACAUGAUCACUGGAAUCUCUGAUGCAUUCACAAUUGUGGGGCUCCAAGAGUUGUUCUAUGACCAAAUGCCUGAGGCUUUGAGGAGUUUGGGAGCUGCAGCAUACAUAAGCAUUGUUGGGGUUGGUAGUUUUCUUGGAAACAUUGUCAUAGUUGUUGUUGAGGCUAUCACAUCAAGGUAUGGUCAGAAGUGGCUUGGUAACAAUCUCAAUAGGGCACAUCUUGAUCACUUUUACUGGGUUUUGGCAGCAUUGAGUGCUGUUAACAUGUGUCUUUAUGUCUGGAUUUCCAAGGUUUAUGUGUACAAAAAAGUUCAAGAGGGUCAUUACACAAGUGAUCAUCAGGGUUCUGCCCAUAAAUAUAGACCCGGAGUCUGAGAGUUAGAACACACAAAUGUUUGGCUUUUGCCAACCACACCAACUCCAACAUCCAAUAAAUACUAGUUUAUCUUGGAUUUCAA